AAUAAUGUUAUUGUGUCUUCAUAUUAUUCGGUUGAGUUAAAAUUAUUUGUAUUUAGUCCUCAGUCAGUAAGUGUGACAGUAGCAUUAAAAGCAUUCGUUAAAUAUCAAAAACUUUACAAAAGCCGGAAAUUGAUUCAUAAAUUCAUUCUCAUAGAAUAAUAGCUAAUUUUUCGGUAGCUUAAACGUAUAAAAUUGAAUCAAAAGAUAAUAUAUUAACAAUGUCCAUUGUGUACUUGCAGCACUAAGUCCAUGUGCAGCGACUUCAAUUGUUUAUUUAUUGAACAUUGUGUAGGUACUAAAGUUUAAUAAUGGAAUGAGGAGCGCGUACCCGCAGUCUCCAGUGUUAAAACUGACAACAAAUACACACGUCUCGUAUAACCAGUCACAACGCGGCCGGUUCCGCGAUAAGGUUCGCUGUCGAUAGCGCACAAUCGGCGCACACGGUGACCAACACUAAUUUUACGGGAAGUUUACGUUAUUCAUUAUCGGCAUAAGGAGCGAUAAUCCGCGUUUGUUAGGCGCCGGCUUCGUGCCGAUGCGUUCACGCGGCCUCCCUCCGUGUCUGCGCUCAUGUCGCACUCCGCAUCCGCCACGCGCUGAUCAAUAAGGAAUAAUGAGUCAACGGGACCCCCGGCGCCGGACAUAUCGCGUCAUAGUUCAUAGUGUUUGUGUGCUCCAGCCCAGUGUCAGUGUAGUGAAAACGCGAGGAGAUGUCAUCGGUGCAGUUCAACUUUCCGCCGGAGAGUUACUCAGCAGUUUACACCUCUGAUGGAACAACGAAUGCCAAUGUGGUGGGAAAAUGCAACCUCACGGAUUCCUGCGAAGUGUCGGGUUCGCCGCCGGGGCUUCAAACUCCGCCUUCUUCGUUAUUCAGCUGUUUUCACUGUGCAUUCCAUAAUGGAAUCAACUUUACCCGGAAAGAGAAACGCCGAAAAGAGAACCACAUAGUCAAUCAUAAGGUCGCAGUGCCUGGUAAAGAGGAGGAGCGCUGGCGCAGCAAAGAUGAAGGUGCGCUGUUCAAACGCUGGCGGCGUACCCCGUCCGCUGUCGAAGCGCCCACCUCCACUCCGGCACCCACUGCACCCACCCCUCAACCCUCCGAACUACUCAAGUUCCUAGCUAUUAAUGCAUUGGAAUUAUCAGCACCCGCAUCUGAUGCGUUGCUGAAAUCUCGCUCUUCGGAAUGGUUCCAACUGGCUGGCCAUCCCGGGUCCCUGGCGCCCGCAGGCCCAGGGACCGUCUGGAAGCGGCGCGCGGCCGGGGACCACCCCAACCACAACCCCGAGCGCGACGCCUACGAAGCGCUCGCCGCCUGCCCUCACAUGCGGUCCGCUAUCCCGAGAUACUACCGCGAACUGGAGUAUGGUGGCGAACGAUUCAUAGAACUGCAGGACUUACUGCACGGCUUCAGAGAUCCUCAUGUCAUGGAUGUCAAGAUGGGCACACGCACUUUCCUUGAAGAUGAAGUUAGCAAUGCUCGUGCUCGUACCGACCUUUAUGAGAAAAUGGUGCGAUUGGACCCGAAAGCACCCACCGAAGCUGAGCAUGCGGCUCACGCUGUCACUAAACUACGUUAUAUGCAAUUUCGUGAACAGCGGUCUUCUUCAGCUGAACAAGGCUUCCGUAUCGAAGCAGUAAAGGUCCCAGGAGAACCACCCCUCACCGACUUACAAAAAGUGCGCGAACCUCAGCAAAUCGCAAACACAGUGGCGAGGUUCCUGGGCAAUAAUGAAAAGGCACGACGUGCCAUUAUUACACGGCUCCGCGAAAUCAGAGAACUUUUUGAAAAUUCAGAUUUCUUCAAAACUCAUGAAAUUGUCGGCAGCAGUAUAUUCAUAAUUUACGAUGAUGAACGUGUCGGCGCGUGGUUGAUCGACUUCGCUAAAACUAGAAGCGUACCAGAAGGUCUCCGCGUUGAUCAUCGCGCGGAGUGGCAACAGGGCAACCACGAAGAAGGUUUUCUUUACGGCUUAGAUAGACUCAUAGACACUAUAGAAACUGCAAAACUUCCUACGCCAGGCGAUGCAGCAACGACAGAACCGGAUGUAUCACGUUGAACACAACUGGCGAGAGACCCUGGACUCGCCCCUCGGUCGUUGUCACCGUUCGCCUGGCCUUGCGCCCCAGUACCGCUCCACUAGCGCCCGAAAUGACGCCCGGAGAGAUGUAUCAUAAAACUAUGUAUAUUACUGCAUAUGAAAGAGAAUUGCGAUGUAUCGCUUGAUGUUUCGAUCUAGUCCUUAAUUAUUUAAAUAAACUCGUCAUGAUUUUAUAAAA